UCACAGCUGUGAGCCUAGCUCUCUCAGGAACCAAGCUGACUGGGAAGAGCCUUCCACCAUUCCUUCUGGAUUUUCUCUUUAUCUCCUUGCUCUCUUUUCUGAUUUUGGGAGGGAAUAGAAGAGAAGAUUUUGACUAAAUUAAACAUUGCCCACUGGCACAGGACCAUGGGGACUCUUGUUACCAAGUUGCUUCUUCCCACAAUCAGCAGCCUCGCCUUUCUCCCCACCAUCAGCAUCGCUGCUAAGAGGAGAUUCCACAUGGAAGCCAUGGUCUACCUCUUCACCAUGUUCUUCAUAGCAAUAUAUCAUGCAUGUGACGGGCCAGGCUUAUCAGUGCUAUGCUUCAUGCGCUAUGACAUACUGGAGUAUUUCAGCAUCUAUGGGACAGCACUGAGCAUGUGGGUGUCAUUAAUGGCACUGGCAGAGUUCGAUGAACCAAAAAGGUCAACCUUUGUAAUGUUUGGCGUGUUGACUAUUGCCGUGAGGAUCUACCAAGACCGGUGGGGAUAUGGGGUAUACUCGGGGCCUAUUGGCACAGCUGUCCUUAUCAUUGCAACAAAAUGGCUGCAAAAGAUGAAAGAGAAGAAGGGUCUGUACCCUGACAAGAGUGUGUACACCCAACAGAUAGGCCCUGGUUUCUGUUUUGGAGCGUUAGCACUGAUGCUGCGUUUCUUUUUCCAGGAGUGGGAUUACACCUAUGUUCACAGCUUCUACCACUGUUCACUAGCCAUGUCCUUUGUCUUGCUGCUGCCCAAGGUAAACAAGAAAGCUGGGAAUGCUGGGACACCUGCCAAAUUGGACUGUUCUACACUCUGCUGUGCUUGCAUCUGACUGUCUCCUUCCCAAGACUCUCCCCAGACCUCAUUUGACUAUGUACCCCUGGCUCCUUUACUCUUUUCUCCUCUCAGGUCAAGUUAACCCGACAAGUAUUUAAGAUCCCACUGUGGGUCUCACACUGUCAUAGGCACCAUGGGAAAAAACUGUCACUUUUCCACCUUUCUUCCAAGGCUUUCAUUUUUAAAAUCAUAGUAUCCUAGAACUGGCUUUCCAGAAGUGACCAUAGCCCUCUGCCUCUGUGAAGGACUAAACCUAAAUUAUUCUAGCCAGACAAAAUCUUUCUAGUCAACUACAAUCUCUCCUGUUUGGACAUCUCUUUUCCCAGGGGUCCUAAUGAGACAUCUAUUUCUGCAUCCAUGGUCUCUGAAAGAGCCCUUUGGGAGGGGAGGGGAAUAAUCAAAUAGGGGUGCUACUGUUCCAGUACCAGGUUAGUCAAUCUCAGCAGCCACCUCCUGACCCCAAACUCCACCCUUUGGCCCCUGUCCCUUCCCCAGGCUGAGGUCCAUGAGCUCUGAGUUCUCUGUUUUGAGGAGAAAAAUUCCAGACUGGAUUGGUGUAGGAGCAAAAUGAUUUUAUUUACUUCACUCUAACUCUGUUGGAGGCCAUAGGCUCUUUCCCAAGACUGCAGGAGCCCAAUGCCAACUCACCAUACCUAGUGUCCAGCCUAGGGUUGACAAGUAUCCCUUUCCCAGAUCCACUGAGGUGGGUGGUUUAAUGACGAAAGUGUCUGGGCACCAAGGGCACCCUCCUAGGGUCCAACUCAUUUGGAAGCUACAGCCCUAGUUCCCUUUGCCCAUGGCCAGAUCUUUUCCCAUAGUUCUCUCAUAGAUGGGCAGUGAAUACUGAGAACUCUCCAAAUUCUUCCAAAGAAUCCUCUCCCUUGGAAAUAAGUGGGGGCUGCACUGCCAGUCACCCCCUUACCUCUAUUAAUCCAGCAUGACUCUGUAUUGGAACAAUUCCUUCUGCAUCAUAGAAGCAUCUGCUUAAUAGCAUUCUCCCUCUUUGCCCCCACCCUACCUCCCCAGAGCCAGCUCCACAGUCCCACUAACCCAGGCUCCUACUCCUGGGUAGUAGCAGCAGAGGUUAUUUGGAAAAGCUAUGGCCUCUCUCCCUGAUAUAAUCCUCUCAGGCUUAGAGAUAUUUCCAAACCCUCCUCUACCCCCAGUUUCCCUGUUCUAUAAGGAGUUGUUUCAUCUAACCCUUUUGAAGCUUCCUUUUAAAACUUCUGAAACUUAUCACCACUCCUAAGGAAAUAUCCCAGGGCAGCCUGUGUUCUGGUCUUCAAUACACCUUCCUUAAAGCCCCUAGGACCAGGAACUGGUGAAUGGCAGGGAUCUCUGUCUCCCAAGUUUAGAGCCUCCAACUACCUCCAUACUUAGCUGCCAUUCUUUCUAACCCUAGAAGGCUUCUACUUAGCUCAAACGUAUCCAUAGCACAUCACCACCCCUUUGAUCCUUUUAAUUAGCCACCCCUUCCUUCUUCUUAUCUUUUUGGGUUCUGUCCUUCACAAGGUAAGGGAGAGAAGAAUAUUCAGAGCUUUCUAUAUGUAAUUGGUCCUCGGUCUUCCCUACAUGCACUUGGGUAGCUCCUAGAUACACACACACUGCACAUGCACACACACACACAUAUGCACACACAUGCACACCCCUUCAUCUCUCUCUCUCCAGAUUUUACCCAACAGCCCCAUCCCAAGUAUGUUGUAGAAGACAUUACAAAGAAUAUAUGGGCUAUUUAAGUUUGUCACAAUCUCCAGAUUAAGGAAAAAUAAAGACACAAUUACCUA